AUGCAUCAAGUGGACACAACAUUCCCGCACGGAGUCAACGUUGACCUGGAAGCAGACGAGAAUAUCGACGACGCUGAGAUGCAGAGCCUUGCAGGAAGUGACGUCGACUCUGCGCUGGGAGAGUCCGAGGCAUGGCCAUCAUCUACUGCGUCACUUCGGUCAAGCAUAGUACGGGCACGUGAGGAGAAUGGCCGCAUAUACCACGGAUACAAGGAUGGGAAGUACGUCUUGCCUACGGACCAGGAAGAGCUCGACCGACAAGCAUUCCAAUACCAGCUUUGCCAGCUCACGUUUGAGAACAGGCUCAACUUUGCCCCAGUCCAUCACCCGCACAGAGUCUUGGACGUUGGGUGCGGCAUUGGGCUGUGGGCAAUAGAUUUUGGAGAGGAACACCCUGAAUCCGAGGUUGUGGGCGUAGAUCUGUCGCCUGUCCAGCCAGGCUUCACUCCACCCAACGUCCAUUACGAGAUUGACGAUCUCGAGGAGGAAUGGAGCUUUUCAAGAAAGUUUGACUAUGUCCACAGCAUGAUGAUGACCGGUGCUUUUAGGGAUUGGCACAACUUUCAUCAGCAAGCAUUCGACAACCUCAAUACCGGAGGAUGGCUUGAGAUCCAGGAUAUCGACUUUCCGAUGAGGUGUGAUGACGGAACCAUACCGCCAGACUGCGACCUCGGCAGGUGGAAUGAGCUGAUGAUGGAAGCCGGUAGAAGAUCCGGUUUUCUGCUGGAUACCUGCGGUAAGGCAGCGGAAAUGAUGACCAGCGUUGGCUUCGUCGAUAUCGUCCGCAUCCAGUUCAAGUGGCCAAUCAACCAAUGGCCGCGGGACGUGAAGCACAAGACACUUGGGGUCUGGACGGAGGCCAACUUCAGUGUUGGACUCGAGUCUAUGACGCUGGCUCUAUUCACCCGCUUCAUGGGCUGGAGAAAAGAGGAAGUCUGGGACUUUAGUGCUAGGGUUAUCGCGGAGUGGCGGUCCGUUGAGAGACAUGGAUAUUUCGAUGUGUAUGUUACUUAUGGGAGGAAACCAUGA